AUGUCGUUCUCGUCCACCACCACCUCGUCGGCGUACGUCUUGUGCAAGUAUUCAAAGUCAUAUCCGACCUCCGCCGAGUCCAGCGCCGAAUGGCAACACUUCGUCAACCCUGUCAUCCGCCUCGUGCUCGACGUUCGAAAGAGAUCCGAUGGCGGCGAACUCGAGUCUGUCCGCCUCCGGAUUCUUUGGUCCAUGAACUCGGAUGAUGCAACAGGCGCUAAUGAUGUUGUUUUUGAGGACCUCGAGCUUCUUUCUUUUGCCUCGUUUCUUGCACGCCCCAGUCAACGGUCGAACCUCUCUCAAGGGCUUCCCUUGAAGGCCGUCUACCGCGACAACGUUGUGGGUAUCCGCUAUCUUUACCAACGAGACAAUGAUCCGACCUCGAAGUUCCGUCGCUUUCAGGUUACUUUCUCGUCGACGCCGGCUGCUAUGCAGUUCAUCGACUCCAUUAGCUCCGUCUGUCCUUGCAAAGCCAAUCCUCCGCCGGUUGGCCAGAGUCUGACGCGUCAAGCGACAAUCAUGUCAACACCUGCGCGCCCUAGUCCUUAUUCUCGCUCUGCCAGCGUAACCCCUACUCGUGUCCCGCACGGCAAUAGGUCUAUUCAUUCCGUCGACAAAUCAACACUACAAACAGCUCCGUCCUUCGCGAUCGAGACCGAAAGCUAUACAUCUCCGUCAUUCGUCGUACCAACGCCGCCCUCUGGGCUCAAAACCCUGCCGGAAACAGGGUCUGCUCUCGGACCUCCGCCCUCGUCAUUGCCUCCGAGUUCACCCUACGGCAACGCAGCCUAUCUUAGUAACCUUUCUUCUCGCGCAACUUCCCAGCCCCCGAGCGCCCAAGAUGAUACUCUGCCUUCCCACUCUGGUUACGGCUCUCGAACUCUGCCUACGCCAUCGCAGUCAUCAGCACCAAGCUCGACGCCCGUAUCUACUUCGGAUUGUGAGAUGAUGCCCCCACCGCCUCCUCUUGCCGCGCCUUCGUCAGACUCCGCGUCCCAAAACCAAGACCGUCGAGACCAGCCCGCACCUCUUCUUGCUGCCGUACGCGAAGCGAGCGGUCUGUACGACAUGCCCAAGGAGGAGCUCGAGAACAUGCUAGCAAACAUCAUCAGAGAAGAGCAGUUUCUGUCCCUGGUGCGCUGUCUCGUCAUGGCUGGCGGAGAUGACAUCUAA